AUGGUAGAUGGGAACCAUGAAAAGUUCAACAGGAAGAACAAGGUGAAUUCGAUCCAUGAGAGUUUUGAAUUCACAAAACAGGGCGACUCACAUGCGUCUGGAGGUCAUAGGAUGAAGCGGGAAGAUGUACUCAAAGCCGCUAAGGUGCUGGGCGCUACUGUCAAACUUAGAAGCGUACGCUUCAAAAGGGUGAGAGGCAGUGAAAGUGGAUUCAAAGGUUCUAUUGGGCUCCCUUACUAUGUAGUGUGA